CGUGAUAUGUAGAGCGAGUAAAAGCGUAAAGCGACUUACUGUGAAAACUGUGACUCGGAGGUUUUUGUAUUUGUAAAUUUUUUUUUACAUUGACUUAUCGGAUCCUUUGCUCGCGUAGCGUUAAAGUCCUCAAUCGUUCACGUCCAAUGAGCACACCCGGUAGAUUUAUGUGUACACAGGUCCACACUGUUAACUUUCAAAUUAUCCAAUAGGUAAGAGACAGGAGUAACAAUCGAACGAUGUUUGACUUUGAAGAUAAAAGUGAGAGCGUUGUAUGAAGAAAAAAAAGAUGUCACGCGUAAUCGUUACUUUUACCUGAAUUCUCUUUUUUUUUGUUGAUCCAUUCAUGUAUGUACACUGAAUAAAAACACGAACAAGCCCUACGAGAAGGAACUUUAUAACUGGCAGAGUAACCGGUCGACGGAUUUUAUACGAUUCUACUUUCGAUCAGGAGGCUCUCGAUUAAAACGGUAAUUUGGCAAGUUUGCAUACGUAAACCGAUCAUGGAUAUGUUAACACGUGAAAAAAAAAAUAUUUUCACAUAAAAUUGAAAUCGGGUGUCAGAAUCUGCAAUUUUAGUCUCCAUAUUAAUUCAGGCUCGUUUCUAUUGGCGGAAAGAUGGCAACGUCUAACCUGUCAAGUUUCUCAAUCUAUUGUCUUGAAGUUGGCGGCGUAUCGUAUUGCGCGCGCCGAGUUACGCCAUGUUUCUUUUUCUCUCGAUUCACAACUUCGUGCCGCGCUUCUCGGUUCUAGUGCUUUCAAGAAAAUAUUAAGAUUUACGAAAGUGCGUGUUGACACAACUUUUCAAGACUUGAACGACAUUACUUGAGGAAGACGUAACAACGACGAAGGAAUAAAUUUACUAGGGAAUUCAGUGCGGACUAGUUCGGCCGGUCUGAAAGUUACCCAACGGCGUCCCUUACGAAUCCAUAGAAAGUCACGGGAGAGUUCUUGUCUUGGCUAACAUGUAAACAUCUAUCGCGAACUUAGUGCAGCAGAGGUGCAGUUAACGUGUGUGUCAGCCAUGCGGAAAAUUUGAUGUCGAACAGGUAAUCGGAAUAAAGCAAAGUUUUACUUGGAAUUUGGAAAAAUGGCGGAAGGUGCGGGCGAUUCGAAAACUGGAGACAAUCAAGUGUCAAAAAGUCAAAUGGAAGUGAGCGAAUGCCUAAGUAGUUGGCUCGCCUAUCUUCAGAUGCUGAACGGUCUCUGCUCAGCUGGAACAAAACUCGCUCAAUCGUUGCAGGCUCUUCUCUCGACUCACAACAGCAUCUCCCACUGUCGAUUGACAGGACAAUGUUUGGCAGGCUGGGAGGAAUUGACCAGGGUGACCAACGUGGCUAGCAAUACUGUCAAGAAUCACGUAAUGGCAGCCUUGAGAGAUCACAACAGCCGCGAGAGUAAUGGCGACAAACACGACAUUCUCUGUGACAAUCUAUUGACCUUUAUCAAUUUGCAAUAUCAAUUUUGCGUGGCGUGCUGCGAGUGUCUUGGCGGUAUGGCCGAGUGCUCUUGUUCUCAGACCGGAAACACAGAGUGUGAUAUUGCAGCGCUACAGCAAUGUUUUGAAAGACUGUACAGUCCUCCACCUACGUCAUCCAGGCAGCAAUCACAAAGUCAGCGAUCACCUUUGCCGUAUCCACUGUUUCCUCUGCAGGUUCAGAGAAGAUGGUCGGAAACGGCAGCCGCUGAGAUGUGUAGCGAAUCAUCGGAGAACACAAUGAGAAGGUGGUCCAUGCCCUGGGACUGUAGGCAUGUCACUGACUGGCCUAGGCAGGAUAUCAGAAGCAAGCUCAGAGUUCCUAUUCAGGAUCGUAGUAGAUCCAUCACUCCGGAUUCCGUGUGGAAGUCUUCAGCAAUGGCCAGUCAGGAUGGACUACAGGAAGCCAUUCAAUUGCUUAGCUGUAAACCAGGUAUUAGGCCUUCUACGCAACUGUAUCAUCCUAGUCAACAUAUACCAGGUGUUACUUUAACGACGUGCAAUUACGAAGGGAAUUACGAGGGCUCGAUCUGGCCGGAAACCCGUCGUGUUGGUUCGCCCAGGUGUUGGCCGCAUGAUUCUCACUCCAGCGAUCAUUCGGAUCAUUCCGGACAACGCGACAGCGAUCACAGCGUUCAUAGUGGAGAACACAGGGACUCGGAACAAAGUGGCGCCAGUGGCAGCGGACAUCGUGACAGCAAGGACAGCAUUCACUCUCAGAGCGAUCACAGUUGCUUUCGAGAAUCUGAUGCUGGAACCAAUGACGCAAUGCCGUCGAGGAAGAGCAGUUCCUCAACGGAUUCGGGUACUUCCGCUCACAGUCGUUCGGGUUCGGAAAGUGCAGGAGCUGGGGAAUGCGCAAGAUCACAAUUAUAUUCAAUGUGGAGUGGUGCUGAUCUACCUUUUAUCAGACUUCCGGAAACCAAUGAGAUUCAGGAUAAGCAUCAUUCGACGUAGAUUCCACAAUUAAUCUAUUCCUCAGAGGAUGAGAUUUUUUAUGAAAGACUCGUCUUGAAAGAUACUUCUCAUUUUAUUUACUUGACAUUCAAAAUGUCGAAUGCUCCUUGAGAAGCAUCUCGAAACUCGCGCGGACCAAUCCAUUUGAAUAUUUCAAUUUUACCAAAUGAAAAGAAAAAAAGAUUAGCUAUCAGUGUAAAUGAUAGUAAUUGUUGUUAAUAUACCGAAUAUAUCGGUAAUACCAUAUCGUAGUUGGAUGUUUGAUAUUUAUGAGAGUUACGUAUCGGCACGCGUUAGUAUUAUACGCAUAUUGACUAUGCAUAUUAAAGAGAGCAGGCUAGUUAUGGUUUAUAUUAUUAUCAUUAUUGAUUCUAUGGAUUUUACGUAUUUAGAAUUGUAAGCGUAAGGUGUGCGUGUGAUUGUACCGGUUUCGACAGAAGUUACGAGUCCUCGUGGAAAAUCAAUAAUCUAAAUGUUCGUACUUUUUUUUUAGUACUUUUUCAGUUUAAAACACCAUGUAAGACAAUUAAAAAGAUCGAACAAAGAGGGAGAAACACAAAACCAAAAUAAUUGUUUUGACCAAUACUCGAUAAUUUUGAAAUAUAUACAAUUUUAUUCA